CUAUACCAACUUUCCGAAUGAGGCACAAUAUAGAAGUUGGUAUCGGCUCACUUUGAUGAGCAGUCCGCACCACAAAUCUCAUGGUCAUAAUCAAUGCUCGAUUUGCAUAUCCCUACACCAAGUUAGCAUCCUUCCGCAGAGUUCCCAAAGGGUUGUGGAUGCCUCCUGGGCGGUCUUAUCACAUGGCUUCGUCAUUCCAGAAAUCCGGCAAAGGGGUUUCGCUGCGCGAGCUUUCCAAGUCCAAUGUCUUCACAUCCAAGCUUCCUGCCGACCCUGCGUUUGAAACACCGGAAAUAUCGCAUCGAGCUCCUCGCGAGGCUCUGGGGCCGCGCUUAGUAAGGGGUGCGCUUUACACGUUUGUGAGGCCCGAGCCAGCAGAGAAGUAUGAGAUUCUGGGGGUAAGCCCGAAAGCCUUGGACGAUCUUGGACUCGCAUCUAGUGAAACUAUUACACAAGAAUUCCGUGCCCUGGUUUCUGGAAAUGAAUUUCCGUGGGACCAAUCUACGGGUGGAAUAUAUCCUUGGGCACAAUGCUAUGGAGGGUGGCAAUUUGGCUCAUGGGCUGGUCAACUAGGAGACGGGCGCGCCAUAAGCCUCUUUGAGAGCACUAAUCCAUACACGAACAUUCGUUAUGAGCUGCAGUUGAAAGGAGCUGGACGGACGCCCUACUCACGCUUUGCUGAUGGCAAAGCUGUGCUCCGGUCGAGCAUCCGAGAAUACAUUGUCUCUGAAGCUCUUUCGGCACUCGGUAUUCCAACGACCCGGGCCUUAGCCAUUACUUUAUUGCCGCGAUCGAAAGUAUUGCGAGAGCGCAUUGAACCGGGAGCCGUUGUUACUCGAUUUGCAGAAUCUUGGCUCCGUAUUGGCACUUUUGAUCUAUUGCGUGCACGUGGAGACCGCGACCUGAUCCGAAAGUUGGCGACAUAUGUCGCCGAAGAAGUUUUCCAUGGAUGGGAGACUCUCCCUUCUGUUGUGUACUCAAACAAUAGUCAACCCUCGCCUGCCAUGGAUAACCCAUCCGAGUAUACUCCAAGAAGCGAAGUGGAGGAGAAUCAAGGUUUGGAAGAAAACAGGUUCACGAGGCUUUAUCGAGAGAUUGCACGCCGCAACGCCAAGACUGUUGCUGCCUGGCAAGCCUAUGGUUUCAUGAAUGGUGUUCUGAAUACGGACAACACCUCGAUUUGCGGCUUGUCGAUGGAUUUCGGCCCUUUUGCAUUUAUGGAUAACUUUGAUCCCCAGUACACGCCCAAUCACGAUGACCACCUACUGAGGUAUUCUUACAAGAACCAGCCUAGUAUCAUCUGGUGGAAUCUGGUCAGACUGGGUGAAUCCCUCGGGGAACUCAUUGGGGCAGGAGACCAAGUGGAUCAUGAAGAAUUUGUGAAAAAAGGGCUGACUGAAAGCUCCGCACCGGCCGUAGUCGAACGUGCAGAAAAAAUAAUUGAACAAACAGGCAAGGAAUUCAAGGCUGUAUUUCUGAGUGAAUACAAGCAACUCAUGAGAAGGAGGUUAGGCCUUCAAACGGAUAGAGAGACAGACUUCCAGGAUUUGUUUUCUGAAAUGCUUGACAUGAUGGAAGCAUUGGAGCUGGAUUUCAACCAUUUUUUCAGGAGACUUUCAAACAUCCCACUUUCAGAUAUCGAGACAUCGGCCCAAAGAACGGAAAUGGCAUCGAUCUUUUUCCAUAAUGAGGGAUUUGACAAUGCCAGCUUGACAGAAGCAGCAGCUAGAGAACGCAUUGCGCACUGGCUUGAGAUAUGGAGAACUCGCGUCUUGGAAGACUGGGACACGGACAAUGAUACGGCGAGGCAAACGUCAAUGAAAUUGGUAAAUCCAAGCUUCCUACCACGUGGCUGGAUACUUGACGAGGUCAUUGACCGCGUGGAGCGCAAGGGGGACCGAGAUGUCCUCGGGCGAGUGAUGCAAAUGGCACUGAAGCCUUUCGCCGAAGAUUGGGGUCUAGAUGAACAGGAGGAACGGCGGUUCUGCGGCGAUGUUCCGAAAUUCAAAAGAGCGAUGAUGUGCAGUUGUAGCUCAUGAAAAGAAUUUUUGGUCCCCUGCGGAUAUUCGAUAUUCUAUCUUUACAAUGGUAGCCUUGCUUAGAUAUGUUAUUGGUGCCCUGCUCGUUCAGUUUCAUUCGAGCAUAACAUACUGCCUCAAAGCGAGAGCCUGCACUGCCUUCUAGAGAGCAGUAAACUACGCAAUGAUGGAAACAAUUCGAUAAUGACACUAUGAAGGGUGCCCCUCGAAUUGCUCUGU